AAAUCAAAGCAUGCCUUCUUUCUUAAGCAUUUCUCCUCUCUUUCUUCCCCUGACCCGUAUUCGGAAGGUCAAGCGAUAAAGCGUUUCAGGAGGAGAAGAAAGAAGCAGCUGCUCAUCACUAUCACUUAGCCUUGCUUCUCUUAAAGUCAAAGACCCUGCUUCCUGCCAAAAUGUGAAAUUUUCUGUUCCUUAUUGCGUACAGUUUGAUGGGUACCUGUCUUUUUGCGAAUUCACACUUGGGACAUUGAUCGCCCGUUGAAACUGUUAGUGUAGGUAAAAAUCGGAUGUUUUGAACAUGCUUUGUGACUUCUUGAAUGAGGGGGUCUAUCUUUUGAUGUUGUUGAGGUAGCGGUGGUUCAAUGGGGGGUUCGAGUAAGGGACAAUCGUCGUCGUUAUCGUCUCGUCUGUCGCCUUUGGCCGAGCCCUUCAAAUUGAGCAAGCCCUGUCAGCAGCAAGUUUAUACUCGCUCGUCAGAGCCUUCAAUUGACAGUUGGCAAAGUCUCAAUCCUUCUGCCGUGUUGGUCCAUCCGUUUUCCAGUCUUGAAUUGGACGGCGAUGCACCUGGUGAUUGCGGUUACUCUGUUUAUGACUUUGGAACUGAUGUCUCGGGCUUUCCUUAUGAUUAUCAAGAUUACCCAUCUGAGGCAUCCCCGGAUCUCAGUGGUUAUGAAACUGUCUCAGUAAUUGAGUCGUCUCGUGUGAAUUGUGGCAAAGACGUUUCCAAUCUGGUCUGUGAUGGCCAAAUCAGUGCUGUUGAGGAUGAGGGCACUAAGGAUAAAAAGGAAAGCAGCAUUGGCUGUCAGGGGAGCAUUGUUGUGAAGGGGAAGAAUGCUAGUGAUUCGAUCACAUAUGCAUAUCCGCUCUUUGCAAAGCAAGAGAAUAAUGCUUCUAAAGGAUCCAAGAGCUUUCAUGAAACUUGUAAUGAUCUCUGUAUGGGUUAUUUAGAAACUUUCGCGAGAGAUGAUCUGAUCAAAUUCCGAGGGACAGAGCUAAAAGAGGCUGAAUGUACCUCAUUUCCAGUACUAGAUCCCAGUGUCAGCGCCUUAGAGCUUUCAGUUUCAAUGGAUCAGUAUUCCUCUACAACCUCCCCAAAUAGUUACAGUAACUCACAAUGUCCAGCAGACGUGGUCAGAGGGAACAACAGUAAUCCCAACAAUGUUUCAUCUGAAUCUGGGAGAUGCUUCUCCCAGUGUGAAUCUCAUAAAGAGAAAAUUGUAGAUUCUGCUUUUCGAGGUACAGAUCAUUGUCAAGCUCCAUGUUUUGGGCAAUCAAGCAUUGACGAAAAAAUUUCUCCCUCUGAUCUUGAUGUUCCGGGACCUCCGAGUUGUAGUGGUAUUGGGGCUUUCAAUGGAAGGGAGAAGUUUUCUUGUGAUAGUACAUUGGAAAUGGACUUUCCUGCUUAUCACGAGAGAGUUUCUACUCUAAAAGGCGAGGAGAGAAAAAGUCCGAGAUUGGAAGUUGUCAUGAAUGCCGAAUCGUUGCCUAUAGUUCAAUGCAAACGGAAAGGUGCUGAAGGAAUUAAUUGUGCCCAAGAUUCUCUUUUAUUGCUUGAAAAGGAUGGGCUCAACCAGAAUGAGUUAGAUGAGAGUGAUGCUGACGAAGAUUCACCUUGUUGGGAAGGACUGAAUUUUUCGCGUAUUGCGUUUAGAGAUUCUGAAACUUUGGAUCAUCAACUUGAUGGAGCUCUUGAUCAUAAACUUCAUGAAAAUCGAUCGGAGGAAAGAAGCAGUUUGAAUCCCCUGGCACCUGUCUUUGUUCCUCAAAAUAUCGAACUUAGGUUGUGUCACAAGGAGAUUGAAUGUGCACAAGAUGAUUCCUUGCCUUUCCAAAAGGGUGCAUCUUCUGCUUCUAUCACUUUGUCUGAAGUACAGACAUUGCAAUAUGACGACAUGGCAAGACUCUUCAAUUGGGAAGGACCAAAGGCAUUUGGCCCUCGGUGCACAUAUGAUAUGCAUAACCCUGCUCUGGAACCUCUUCUGAAGGGAAAGGCAAGUAGCUUUGCUAAGGUUGAUUCUGGUGUCUCGUCACCAUUUCUUAAGGAGGAUUUUGUUACACAUACCGGAAAUAUUGGAAGGGGAACAAAUCUUGAAGUCCCAGGGAAAAUUAUCAAUAAUAUCACCCUUCACGAUGCAACUAGUGUUUCUGUCUCUGCGGUGGUGCAUGUCUCUGAGUCAAAGUCACUUGAACAGUGGUCUUCUUUAGGAGUUGGAGGGCCCACUCACACUGAGGCUCGUUUCGAUGUAUCUGAAGUAGUGUCCGCAUCAACAAGGACAGAAGUGGAUGUACUUGUCAAUGCGAUGCAUUCUCUUUCAGAGUUGCUUAUAGAUAAGUGUGUGAAUGGAUACAUGUUGAGUGCUGCUGUGCAUGACAGAAUCCAGGUUGUAAUCAGCAAUCUCUCAAAUUGCACAAAACAGAGGGAGAGGCAGGGGACAUCUUUGGAUGAAGCAAAUAUUCCUGGGAUCUUGAGCUUUUCAAACAAGUCUGCUUAUGCAUGCAUGAAUUCUGAUUCAGUGCUGUCAAAUGAGGAGUUGCAGGAUGCUCGUUCUCUGGUCGGCAAUAUAAGCAAUGGGAUUCCCCAGUUCAUUGAGAAGAGUGUGGAAGCCGGUCAUGUGGAGGACCAAAUGAGUCCCCAGACUGUAUUAUAUAAGAACCUAUGGCUUGAAGCUCAAGAGGCAUUACACGUAAUGAAGCAUAAGGCAUCUGUUGCACGUAUAAAGUCCAAGACAUAGAUUCACAAGAGAGCACUUAAGUUUUCUUGGUUGAAGCGUGAUUUUGCAGGUGAUCGUGCUUUCACGAUAAUUUCAACCAUGUCAUUCCAUCAGUUGUCAAUGGUUGAAGUAACAAGAGGCUGACUUGACAGAAAAAAGACAUGUCACUCUAUCCACGUGUCAUAUGGCAUCUCAGUGUUUCGGUAACUUUCCUAUUGAACGGUUGAUGAAAUGAAAUGAUUGAAAUCAUUUGGAAGGACAGCUGACCUGAUUGAAAGUUUCAAGUUCAGUGACCUGAUAGAAUGUAGCUGCAAAGUUGGAUGACUGUAUCUUGCCCUGAUUUUGCUGUAUGAGAAUAUGGGCCAUUAUUUCACCUCCUGGAGUGAAAGUCGUUACGAGACUUGAGAGUUUGUAUUUGAUCCCAGAUGUUGGCCUUAUAGAGAUGGUGGGGAAGGGGAAGUACACAUAUUUGAGAUGACAAAAGAAACUGCAAGCCAUGCACAAGUUUAUGUUUGUGCAUUGCUCACGAGAGCAUAUGAUUGCCCUUGAUGGCUCAAAUAGUCCAACCAGAAAAUGCAUGUUUUGUUUCAUUAGAGGGAA